AUGCGCCCUUCGACCCCUCCAAAAAUCGACCGGAGCCUCGACAAAGUUCCCAAAAAAUGCGGAGACUGUGGCAUGGAUAAAAGUAGGUAUUGACUCUGGGAAUACUAGUCGUGACAUAAAGUCCUGACACAUUUUGCACCGUGCAUUCUUCUUUCAUUUCAUCCGCACUGUGCAUCUUUUCGCAUUUGUCGCCGCGAUUCCCCGUUUUUGCACUAGCGACGUGCACUUUCGCGCGCGACAAACACGAAUUUGGGGGCGCGACGUCCAAACCCCGAACUUUCGCACGGUGCAAAAUGUGUCAGGACUUUAUGUCGCGACUAGUAUUAUGUUGUAGAAGCGGUAUGUCUGGAAUGUCUGAAGGCCCUCAUUGCGGUUGAUUCUGCUCCCGCCAGCUUUCUCCGAGAGUGGAUUAAAACAGUGGAAUUGGGCUCCCGACGUUGUGAUUGUAAGUUUUGUGCACGACUUUUGAUUUAGUCUUAGCUUCAGUGACCUUUCCCAUCAACACGCAUUCUCCUCAACAACCAGGCAUGGCUUCAAACCUUGAUCCAUUGGCAUAUUCUCAUACCAGUCCGUUCGCAAAGCCGCUGGGGUGUUUUUUGACGUUUGCGCUGUGCAAAAAAAUCAGGGUGCGAGCGACAGCUCAAGAAAGCUUAUUGCACGGUGCAAAAAUGAAGAAAUUGCACAGUGCAAAGUAAAAAAUUUUUUGCACAGUGCAGCCGAAAAAAUUACUUGCACAGUGCAAAAGCAACAAAUUGCACCAUGCAAGGUGUACUUUUUUCUCCGAGUAAUUUUUUAUGUUUUCACGGUGCAAAAAAGUCAGGGUGCGUGCGAAAGCCCAAAAAAGCUUGCACCGUGCAAAAAGGUAGAAAUUGCACAGUGCAGCCGAAAAAAUUACUUGCACAGUGCAAAAAGUCGAAAAUUGCACAGUGCAAGUGCGCCUUUGUCUUUUCUCGCAGUGAUUUUUGAUUUUUGCACUGUGCAAAAAAAAUCGGGGUGCGAGCGACAAAAGAAAGCUUAUUUCACGGUGCAAAAAGUCGAAAAAUGCACUGUGCAAAGUAAAAAAAAUUUGCACAGUGCAGCCGAAAAAAUUAUUUGCACGGUGCAAGCUGCACUUUUGUUUUUUCUCGCAGUGCAUAUCGCAGAAAUUACUCCAGCGACUUUGCGAACGGACUGGUAACUCCAAUGCUCGCGCAGGUCGUUCGGAAAGCGAACUUUCCUACCAUUCCGUGGACUCCAUUCCUUCGGAUGGCCGCAGCAACGUAGAAAUCGGAACAAAUGAUGGCCUCGGAAGAGAGAGCACUUGGCCUGGAGUGGACAAAUCUACACCCAGUGGGUCAAGUGUUUCGUCGGGUGUGACUAUAGAAAGUUGGGGUACCGUCAAAGGUGGGGUUGUUUGUCUUUAUCAAAGUGGGGUUGAAGGUGCUGGGGCCGGGAAGAUUAAUGGAUCCGAGAAAUUCGAGGCCGGAGAAAGAGGAAGCGAGGGAAAUGGGUCAAUUAGCCCGACCGAAGAUGUUGAUGGAGUGUGGGACGACGGGUUUUGUAAAGACGAUAGCUCCGACACCAUAACGCAGCAAUCCGAGGAUGAUACUAACAUCGGUGAUGACAACGACGUGGAUGAUCCAGUUUUAUUUGGACAAAGGCUGAAGAGAAAUCCAAAUGAAGCCGAUGCCAAUGGCGCACCGGUCGUUGAGGAUGCCACUGAAGUCUUAGUUGAAAAGGUAGGCACUAUUAUUUUUUAGUUUUGUUGCGCAACGACGUAUGAGUUGUGCUUCAUAGUCUUCCAAGCAGUUACAAAAUCACUUCAUUUUUGGCCUACAUUUUUCUGAUUUUAUUCGAAGUAUGCGAUCCAUGGAAAAUUCUUUAUUGGCCUAGUCCAUGGGUGCUAAUAUCAAAAAUUUUUUUUGCUCUGUCGCCAACGCACCGUGGAUUUUUGCCUUUGCGCACCGUGCGAACCUCAAAAAAGCCGAUUGCACUGUGCACAUUUUUGAGCAAAGGCACAGCGGCGCAGUUGAGAAAAGCUUACUUCGCAGCGAUAUUUCAAAUGCACAGUGCGCAAAAAAGUUAUUUGUUAACUGCACUGUGCGGACAAACUUAAAAAAAGAAAGUUUCGAUCGCACCGUGCAAAAAUGACUGGAAGAUGAGUGCACAGUGCGUUUUUUGCAUGUCGCAAAAGUCGAAUCGCACGGUAAAAAACCAAAAUUUGAUGAUGUUUCGCACUGUCCAAUAAGAACCAUUUUUUGACUGCACUGUGCCUAGAAUUGAACGUCUACAGACAUUUCGAUUGCACAGUGCAAGAAGAAACUAUGUCAAGACUGCGCCGUGCAAUUUUUUUUUAAUUUUGCUGCACUGUGCAAAAAUCAAAUGGCUUUUUUUUUGCCAAAAAAAAUGUGAGGAGUCGCUUGGUACACGUAGGCGGACGUUAUUUUGAAGUAGGCCACGAAAAAUGAUGUAGGCCGAAAAUCAAGUAAUUUUGGAACUUUGUGGAAGAAUACAAAGCACCACUCAUACAUGCUGAAAUUGCCGAAUUUUUAGAAAAUAAUGCGCCCAGAAAGAUGUUCCAACUGUUUAUCAGAUCUUCAUUGCAUUGUGGAAUGCCCCCUCAAACGCUGCUUCAAAUGUCGCGCCGAGUUCACUGAUUGGAGCAAAGACCAGGAAAUCCAUCCAUAUUUUUGCAAGGCCGCUCUCACCGGCUUUAUGAAGGGAUGCUUUGAAAUAAGGAAGACAAAGUUCUACGUCAACAAGAAGCAUGAGAAAUAUCAGAAGAUGCCCCGAGUCAGGUUGCGCGAAUUUUAUAAGCUUCUUGGAGAAUUGACCGCCGACAAUGAGUACAGAUUUGGGUCGGAUUUCGAUCGUAUCUUCCGCCAUCUUGAUGACUUUGGAAAUUUCGGAGGUGGGUUGAUGAUGAUAUCAGUUUGUUGGGAAAAUAAUGUGAAUUCGUCGUGUUUUGGAAAUGCUUGUCAUCGCUUUGAUUUUGUGCUAGGAUUUGAAAGGAUUUGGCGUCAUUAAAAUUAAAUUUCGCUGCGACAAGUCCACAUUAUUUUCCCGACAGACGUAUAAACUAUCAGGGAGAGUACCUCAAGUGCGACGCUCAGAUUUUGAUGAAACUUUGCACAAAUUUAGAUUAAUUUUUCUACAGUGAUGGACCUGAUCCAGUGACCAAAAACUUCUCAAUUUGCAUCCGGGAAAUAUCAAAAAUGUGGCAAAAUCCCUCCCUCUCAAACUAAGAAAACUCCGUUUUGAAGUCCUCCUUUCUCUCACAAGGGCGCGCUUUUGAAAUCUGAUCGUGUUUUUUCACUUGGAGAGGGAGGUAUUUUGCUGCAUUUUUGCUACUUCCCUGGAUGCAAAAUGGUACGUUUUUGGCCAAUGGAUCAGGCCCGCCGCUGUAUAUCAUAUGCGAGACUCCCAGCUCGCACUUUGCAGAAACAACCGAGAUUUUUAUAUCAAAAUUUGGCAUAAUGCAACACUUUUUUUUCGAGUUUUGACACGGAAAGUUUCAUACCGUUUUCUACUGUAGAGGGUAAUGUUUCCACAAAUAAUCGAUUUUUUCCAUGCGAAACUGGCAAAGUUAUGGGCAAAAAAUGGUUUUCUCUGCGACCGCUCUCCGCGUUUCGCGUGUUCUCUCGGCUGCAAAAAUUGUUGAAUUUCUCGGCCGUUCCUGAAAAGCGAGAGAUAAAACUUUCGGAAAUUGAUACUAGUCGCGACAUAAAGUCCGUAGAAUUUUCUGCACUGUGCAUAAACCCGAAAAAGCAUUUUGCACUGUGCAUUCACCCGAAAACACAUUUUGCACUGUGCAAUUUUGUUGAUUUUGCCUUAUUGUCGCGCGCGAUUCCCGUUUUUCGCAGCGACAAAUCAACAUUUCGGAGCGCGACGGAAUUUGGGGGCCGCGAAAAAUCUAAAAAAAAAUACAAGUAUUCGUAGCGUUCAUGGUUAUACUUUUGUUUUGCCCCGAUUGACUUGAUUUUUUGCGUGGUGGUUCUUUUAGACGCUCUCUUUGAGUAUUUGAAAAAAAAUUUCGAAAUUUUCAAUUUUGAGUGACCUAUGACGUCAUGAAAGGUCGAAACUUUGAGUCUCUGUAUCUCGCUCUGUUUUACAGCUACCGACUUGAUUUUUGGUUUCGUCGCGUAUGGUACAUAAUGGGACAAUCACUGUCGAGAUUUUUUCGAAAUUUCAAAAUUUACGAAAAAAAUCUCAAAAAAUGACCUUUUUUCGUAAACGUUCGACGCGUCCAGCUUUAUUGAAAUGCAAGCUUCUACAGGUCCAUAUCGGGAAAGCAAAUUCAUAACUAAGAUAUAUCUUGAUGUAUGUGUAGAUGCGGCCAUGUACAAAGUUACACUUCCAGAAAAUCCCGUCGUGAUGACGGAUUUUCUGGAUUUUUUCGAUUCCAUUGAAUUCUGCAUGUCCGACUUCCUAUUAGUACGUGUCUUUCAUUCCCGUACUCGCCUUCGUAUUUUAGCUCUGGCAUACUGUAAAAAAUACGAUUUGCACAGUGCAAAUUUCAAAAAAUUCGUUCUCGGCUUCCAGGUCGAAAUUCGAAAAAACGGCUCGCUAAUCGAUUUCUUUGUUCUCGAAGAUCGUUCCAAAAUUUUUUCAGAACAUUCUACGUAGCCAUGUCCUCGAUAGAAUCUCCCGACGGAAAACGAAAUUUUUCGUAAUUUUCAAAAUUUUGACUUUUUCAAAAUUUUCUCCUUGAUGUACAACAACGAUGUCAAAAAGGACCAACUAUAGAUUGUAGAGCUCAAAGAGCUCUACAAUCUACCCGCUUACAUCUUUCGCAUAUCUUUAAAAUUACGGCCGACAGAGCGGCCGGAAAUUUCGGUCGAUUUUUGGUGCACUGUGCGAAAAAAAUCGCCCUCAGGGCAACAAGCGGAGUUGAACAAAUUGAUCAUAUGGGUGCUAUUGGACACAAAAUGAACUACCGUCAUGCCAAGUUUCAGCUUUCUACCUGAAAUAUUCCGUGCGCACCGUGCGGUCAAAAAAAAAUUUUGAAAUUUCGGCCAAUAUUCGGCCCUGAGGGCUUGGAAUUGAAUUUUUUCGGAUUUUAAUUUUGACCAUCGUAUUCAGCGCGGCAAACUGAUGUAGAAACGGCUAUCCACUCCUAAAAUACGGACAAGGUGAAAAGGCAGUGUUGAAAUUUCGGAAUUUUUGGAUUUUACCUACUUUGGCGAAAGUUACUAUAGCUCGGGAACAAGGUCGAAAUUCAAAAAUCCCGCCCGUCACAUGAUAGACAAUUUAGUAUGGAUUCUACAACCAGAAGCUGGGAUACGAUUCCGAGAGAUAUGAUCAGAAAUCGUGUUUGAAGCGGCGGUCCCAAAAAAUCCUGAAUCGGAAAAGUCGUCAAAUCUCCAAAAUUUCCAACUAAAAUUCGUCUAAAAGCUACAUAUUCGGAAUCUCCGCAUGAUUUUGGAUACGGUAGUACCUUUUUCCCCGGUAUUUUUAGUGCAACAAGUGCCAGUUUUGAAAAAACGCCCACUUCCACGGACGAAAACACAAAAAAAGAGCGCGGCGAAGAGAGAGAGCGGGCAGACAACCGCUUCCUUCUUCGUUUGGCGGCAGAAAAGAGAGAGUGGGAAAGGGGUAGAGGGUGCUUAGACAAAGGUUUUCUCUUUCGAUUCCGGUCAGAGAUAAGACGGAGAGAGUGCUGAGAAUGAGGAGGGUGGUGAGGAACCGGUCAUCAUGACGGGGUUUUCUGGAUUUUUUCGAGAAAUUUUUGUAAAAUUAUUUUUUUUGUCCUGGAUUCUCGGGAUUUGGCCGUUUUAGGGCCAAAUUUGAUGGGAAUUUCGGGAAAAAUAUUGUCUUAGGAUACUUUUGAGUGCUGAGACCAUUUUUUAAUAUUUUUUUGGUUGAUUUUUGGUUAUCGAAAGUGUUUCUGAUCAACUUUUGGGGAAGGGAAAUUAUUUUAGGUAACGAAACGCAGUCUCGCGGCGGCCGUAGGCCGUCGCCUCAUGCCGGCGGGCUCUUUAGCCGGGCUUAGCGAUUAGGGUAAGCUUGGCGAUCUUAACUAAAACAAGGUCGGCUCAGCGUUCCGAGCGCCACAAGUUGCUACUAGGUUCAGUCUAACGCGUAGCGUUUUUCUGCCGCGGCCGGAGGCCGUCGGCAAAGCGUUGGCGAGCUUUACAUCACAUUUGGACCUGGAAUGUUGCCCAAAUCGCGCGCAAAGCAGGGAAACCGGGCGCAAAGUUGCCUUUAUGCGCAUGGCUGCCCGAGAGACGGUAGCAGCCGCAGGCUGCGUUAGUCUCGAGCCCUAGUUCUACGGACUUUAUGUCGCGACUAGUAUGUGGCCAAUGUCUGACAUGUGUGCCAAAUUUAAAGAAAAUCUGAGCGUCUCACCUGAGGCACCUCCCUUGUCAAUUAUUGGGGUCGUUUGUUCAGGAAGAUCGCUGGUUGUGGCCUAUGAUUUGCUUUGGCGGAAGCUGAGUGUGACCGAAGCCUUCGAACUCGAGCUUUUCCACCUCUCCAUUGAGCGAGCCAACUUCUCUGUGGACCUCGGAAGCCAUAGCAUUCGCCCAUUUGAGCUUUCUUUCACGAUCAGAGACGAAGAAGUCGACAAAAAGCCCCUCUUCAGUGGCCAAUCCUACCUCAAAAGUAGGCCAAUUGCAGUGUAUUUGCAAUAUAUUUGUUCAGGAAACCUGAAUUACAAUGGAGUUUAUGGAUUUCCGAUCUUCAUUUGUGUCCGCGAACGGUCGACCAGUGUCUGUGAUCAGGAAGUGGACGAACAGUGGCCGGAUAACAUCCCGCGGAAGAAGAUCUCGAACAUCCGCGUGAAUGCCACCGUCUAUAAAUGUUGUCCGCCAAACGGUGGACAAGUGUGCAGUGAGUUGGCUUUUUCUGCCCAUGGAAAAUUCAGCUUUGAAUAGUUACUUCAUUUUCGGCCUAGAUUGCUUUUUGGCCUACUUCAAAUUAAUGGCAGCAUACGUAAAUAGAAAAUGUCAAGUAGGCCAUUUUCGGGGAAAAAGCUUUUCGAUUUUGGCCUACAUGAAUAAAAUUGGACUAGGCCAAAAAAAUUUUUUAGCCUACUUCAAAAUAUGCUUGGCCUAUGUAAAUAAGCGUAACGUGGUCCAAAAAAAAAUAUUUUUUGGCCUAGGCCGUUUUCGGGUUUUUUUUGUUUUUGGCCUAUAUGGACAAAAUUGGACCAUGCCAAAAAAAAUUUUUUUGCCUUUUUCGAAAUACCCUUGGCCUGUGUAAAGAAGCGACACGUAGUCCAAAAAAAUUAUUUUGACCUAGGCCGUUUCGGGAUUUUUUAUUUUGGCCUACAUGGACAAAAUUGGACUACUUUGAAACUGCACCAUUAUGUGUAUGUAUGAUGCUCCAAUUUUCUUAAAAUUUUCUCGAAAUUUUUUGGCCGGGCGACACUUUAAUUUCUGAGAAUUCCAGGUGAACAUUUCCUUACGUUUCCGAGACAUUCAAUGCCCUUUUUUGCGAGAAAAUAUGGAAAAUGAGGAGAGAUGGGCAGAUAGAAACCUUUUUUGCUGUUUUUUUUGUCUUUUUCAUGCGGAAAAUCAAAUUUUUUGCGGUUAUGUUGUAGUCCCACCCGUUUUUAAUGAAAUUCCUCUAAAAAAAAGACUUGACCCAAAAAAUUAUCUGAGGGAAACACUUGACCCAUUGCCGAAAAUCGUGUCCUGGGCGUUCGAAACAAUUGUGCAAUCAUUUCAGCCCUUUACGUCGACCCUCUCCGAGACCUCGAGCCCUAUCUUGGCAGGGUUAUUGCGCGUGGAAAGAUCUUUCUCGCCUUCAAUCAUCGUUCCGAUCGAAUGCGCGAAGAAACCAAGAAGAUAAAACAGUUCGUGGACUCGUCGAAGCCCAGACCGACCUUCCCCAAGAACCUGAAGGAAAUGGUCAGCAACUUUUAUAACCCCACAAUGGAAACGGAAAAGGAAUUCGGCUAUUUGAAGAGACAUAACCUCGAAAAAUUCAAUGAUCUCCUUCCAAGUCCCUAUCGAUUGUUGCCGGAGCAGAUGGAGAAUGCCAUGACCGCCUACGAGUACGAAAUGCACGCGGUUUUGGUGAGUUUUGGACAAUUUGGAGGGGAUUUUCGAUAUUGUACUUGGAUGAUGAUUUUACUUUUCAUUUUUUGGUGUUUUCUGGACGACUGAAGAUCGUGAUUAGUUUGUAAAGGCUCGAUAUUAAUUUUUAAGACGAAAUAAGGGGUAAUUUAUCAUUUUUUCGACAUGUUAUACCACAAAUUUAUAUUAUUUUUGAUUACAUUUUUUUGGAAAUUCUAUCAAUUUUAUUUCAAAAUUAAUAUUUUGAUGUGGUUUAUUGGGCUUACGGUGAGCUUUAGGGCGGCCUCAAGCUAAAUCUGAAGUCCCCCUGGCAAUUUUUUACCUUGUUCAUCUCCAGGGACCAUCUGGAAGUGGAAAAACGACGAUUGUUUGCUUCCUGGCCAUCUACAACUUUUUUGUAAUGAGAAGAAGGACUCUUAUGCUCACCACGCGUCGAGCAGCAGCCAAGGAAAUCACUCUGCGACUCGUUCGAAUGUCCAAAUUUCUCCUUCAACUCCCGCAGUUCAGUUGUCUGGACAAUGGGCGCCAAUUCAUCUGGUGGAAGCUGGAGAAGGACUCGGCGCUGGAGCCCAGAGAGCCGGAGAUUGCGGCGGUGUGUUCGGUGAGUCAGGAGGUUCCCGCGUGGAUCGCUCUUCUCGUGGCGGUCCUCCCAACAUCCGAUCUUCUCCUCCAGUUCAAGGCCGAUUUUGUCCUCUUGGAUGAGGCGUCGUCCGCCUCCACAUUGACGUUUUACACUCUUUUGGUCAUGUUGAACGAGAAUCGGUCCCAUCUUCCACGACAUUUGAGCAUGUUCGGUAAGAAAUGGGCAAUUUUUUAUAUUACACAUGACUUGUUUGUCAUCAUGAAGAAAAAUUUGAUGUUGCAGGUGAUCAGUUUCAAUUGAGUGCUCGAUUUUCGAAAGAGACGUUCCUCAGCGACGAGGACGAGCAAGAAUCGGGCUUUGAUGAGUCGGCUUUGGUCCAACUUUUGAAGUGCAAACUACCGUACACCCAGAUGAAAGAGAUUGCCAAAGCGCCCAGGGCUUUGAGCAAAAUUGUCCAGCCUUUUUAGUGAGUCCUUUUUAGAGCUUUAUUUUAUCGUUUUUGAGCUCAGAAAGCCAAUAUUAAAAUUUUCAGAAAAUUUGAAUAUUCAAAUUUUAAUUUGCAUAAAUUGGAAUAUUUUAAUUUUAGCGCGCCCUAAGGUGAAACUAAGUCAAUUAGUGGGAAAAUAAUAGAAUUUAUUUUCUUUCCACCCAAGCUAAGGCCAAAAAUUAUAUUGGUUUACCUUAUUUUAGCGGGUUUUGCUCGAAAAAUUUCUCGUUAUUUCAGCGAUUUCCCCCUCUCCACCAAUUAUUCACCACCAGCGCGGCCUCUCAAUCUGCCGUACUUCAGUUUUGGCAGUCUUCCAGAGAAAAAAUUCUUGUCGAUUUUCGUCAAUUUGCCGGCCACCGACCGCAAUUCGGAACACUUUUGCGACGCGGAUGACUAUGCGGCCCAACAUAGAGGACUAUAUCUCUUCCGUAAACGCCGCCCUCCAAUGACUGAGCGAAAACUUUGCCUCACCAACCGACGCAAUGUUUAUGUCGCUUCGCAGAUUCUGGAUUCGAUUUUGAUGCACAAUCCGGACAUUUCCAGCAAGGAUUGUCUGUACUUGACUCCAUAUAGAGGUAGGCUAUUGGAUUGGUUUUUAAUUUUAAGUUUUUUAAAAUUUAAUUUUUGGAUUUUUUUUUUAAUUUGAUGAUUUUUCGUUUUUUUGGAUACAAAUUUUAGUUGAACCCAUUUUUUGAAUUAUUUUUUUUCGCCGGGAAUUUUAUUUUUUAUAUAAAAAUUUCAUUAAAAAAUUAGUAUUUUAAUAUUUUCAACAGUUUUCCUUUAUUAUUUUUUGAACCCAAGAUAUGCAAAUUUCAAUCUAAAUUUUUUUCAGGGUGAAUUUUCUCAAUUUUUUGGUUUGAAAAUUCAUUUGUUAUAUAAAAAAUUAUUUCAAAAAUCAAUUUUAUUUUUGAUUUUUUUGUUGUUAAAUUUGGAUUUUUUUCUAAAUUUGAUGAUUUUUCGAUUUUUUGGAUACAAAUAAGAGUGAAGGAAUAAGAGUGGAAAAAAUCUUCUGAAAAAAAUGCUUCAGCCUCUUUCCUUUUCGUUCGGAAGAGUGUGUUUACGAACUCUUCCCAUUUGGGAAAGAAUCUGAGAGACGGAAAGAGUCUCGAGCAGACGCUCCCGCCAUCAAGGUGGGGGAAGAGUGUGGGUCGAGACUCUUUCCGCCUAUUGGCUCCGCCCACUUCUAUUUUGGGGAAAAAUGGCGAAUUGAAAUGUUGCCAUUUAGUAAAUAAAGCACUGUUCUUUUCAAAUAUACGAUGUUUUUUACAUUUUUUCUUUGACAACAAAGUUUGGACAGUACAAUCUAACACUCUUUUCAUUUUCUAUAAAAUAAAUGAAUAACUAAUCUUUAAUAACAAUAAAUAAAAGCGUCUAAGAAACAGAUAUCGGAGAAAUCAGAUAUAAUAUAUAAAUCUGAUAUAAAGAAGGUGACAAAAAUGUAAUUCAGGUAACAGAGAUAAUAAACCAUGGUGGCUGAAUUGUAAUAGGAAUAAUAGCCGGAAAGUUGUGCACUUUUUCGCGUACCUAUGGGGUUGUUGAACGGCUGGCUGCGAAUGCAUUCGGUGGAGCUAGCUUAUCCAGAAUUUGUUGUACUCCUUACAUUUGGGUUUAGUCGCCGGGAGCAAACAGUCUUGCGAAUAGGAGGGGUCCAGAAGAUCACGUGUUUCUCAUUUGUAGCCCACAUCUGUAAUCGGAUUGAUGAAGACGGUGUGGUGGUUGAAUAUUUCCUAAAUCAACAACGCAAAACAGAAGAAAAGAACUUACCAUCUUUAACCCUUUCCGGACGAGUCGGCACCUCCAUGCAGAAAUGAAAGAGGGUACCCUACUGAGUAACGGCAUAAUAGUGGUUCAGCCCAUCGAAGCGUUAUUUGGGACUUAUGACAAAAAAUGUCCUAAAAAGUACCCCCAGUUGACAUAACCCUUAUAAAAUUUUGCUAACCACCUGUAAAUUAGAAACUACCCCUAAGUUAAAGUCUAAGACUCCAACUACUGUUACAUCCAAGAACUGUCCAAAUCGGACCACUACAGGAUUAGUUAUCGACUUUUGGAAAUUGAAUUUUAAAUUUCGACCAAUUUUUGGCCCAAAAUUGAGUAUAUCUUCCGCCGGAAUCAACCAUUUCGGUCCAAAUGUGGUUUUUCUGAAUCUACAUUGAUGCUAGCUUCUUCCUAGAAUGUUUCCUGAAAAAACCUAUAGAGCACUUUUCUGUAAAAAGCGAAAAAGUCGAAAACGCAAAGGUUUCACCGUAUAAAAUGUCGCCGCAAGCCGCGAAGGGUCGGGCGCAGCUCGAAAGGCUAAAAUAAUAUAUAUUUUUUUGAGAAAUACUAUUUUAGUGCGAAACUAAAGCAAAAUCCAAUGAAAUUGCCUGAAAACGCAUUAAAAAUAUUAAAAUGACAUUGAGUUAAUGUUUGCGUGCUCUGUCUGUCUGUAUUUCAUCUGAAUUCAGCUUGUCGACACUAAAAUAAUAUUUUUCGAAGAAAAAAUAUUAUUUUAGCCUUUCGAGCUGCGCCCGACCCUUCGCGGCUUGCGGCGACAUUUUAUACGGUGAAACCUUUGCGUUUUCGACUUUUUCGCUUUUUACAGAAAAGUGCUCUAUAGGUUUUUUCAGGAAACAUUCUAGGAAGAAGCUAGCAUCAAUGUAGAUUCAGAAAAACCACAUUUGGACCGAAAUGGUUGAUUCCGGCGGAAGAUAUACUCAAUUUUGGGCCAAAAAUUGGUCGAAAUUUAAAAUUCAAUUUCCAAAAGUCGACAACUAAUCCUGUAGUGGUCCGAUUUGGACAGUUCUUGGAUGUAACAGUAGUUGGAGUCUUAGACUUUAACUUAGGGGUAGUUUCUAAUUUACAGGUCGUUAGCAAAAUUUUAUAAGGGUUAUGUCAACUGGGGGUACUUUUUAGGACAUUUUUUGUCAUAAGUCCCAAAUAACGCUUCGAUGGGCUGAACCACUAUUAUGCCGUUACUCAGUAGGGUACCCUCUUUCAUUUCUGCAUGGAGGUGCCGACUCGUCCGGAAAGGGUUAAAGCCGAUGAAGAGGGACUUCAUUUACUUCGUAAGCCGCAUCAUUAUUAUGCUUGUCCUCCACCUGAACUAUUGAAACAUCUCGCUGCACAUGCGCGGAGAUAUUUCGGCUUAAACUUACCAAUACUAUCAACAAUUUAACAUUCUACGUACCUUUUCCGAGUCCAGACAUUGGAGGCCGAAUAUAAGUCCAUGAUUUGCAGUAGAUCCAGUUCAACCUCUUAUGGGCGGUGUUUCCAGGCCUUCAUCAAUCGCAUAUCAAUCUUCGUCGUCCUUUUUUGGCAUCAAAGUUGUUGGUAAAACUUCAUUUCUCUAGCCCAAGCGAAAAAAAGGUUCCGCAGCUUGCGCCCGAACAAUUUUCAGUCGUUUUGACCGAAGAAAAGUGGCCGACAACAAUAGAUGGAGGUGAACCUAGCUCAUCGAUGAAUGAUAGCGAAUUUUGACGAAGGAGUGCGGACCGACGCGGCGAAAUGUAAGUUGCCUCAUUUUGCUAGCAUGUUUACGUAAUUUUAGGCCUAAUCUUUCCUACUUGGCCAACUGCGAACUCCAUAUCUGAACUUGUUUUACACCUUUCAGGCCCACUUGAUGUUCGACUUCAACAGUACGUGAUCGCUACAGCGAUGAAUUCGGACGACUUUGUAAGUUAGAAUUUUUUGUUUUUAACAUUUUAGAUAUAAAUGCGACAAGAAGAAUUUGGUCUCCAUGGAUAAGGUCCUCGUGAUAGUUGAUGAAGCUGGAUCCAGCAAUGACAGGGAUAUUCACCACUUGUUGAAUGGAAAGUAAGUAACAGUUUCAUAGACUUUUGAGGGAGAAGAAAGGGAUUUUUGAGGCGUUUUCAGCGGAUUGGACCUAAAGUAAUAUUAUUUUUUGUUUGUGCAGUUUUUUGUGAGUGAUGAAAUACCUAGGAGACGGAGAAAGAAAGUAUGAAUAGUGAUUUAGUUGCUAUUUUUGAAAUUUUUUGCAGGCCUACGUCAAAACCGAGAUUUUUUGAAAUUUUCAGGUAUCUUUGUCUAAAAUAAGGUAAAAUGUGCAGUUUAGUGAGUGUUUGCAGGUGCGCCAAUAAUAAGUAGGACCGAGAGAGUUGUUUUGAGGAGUUGUGAUGUUAUUUUAGAUGUAAAAUUUUCGAAAAGUUACUAAUUUUUCCAAAUUCAGCCUCAAUGUCCCAAAAUUGCACUCCCAAUCUCAGUAACAACGGGGAAGAAAGGGAGACCGUGAAUAUGGAAACGAAUGCCCAUGGGCAGAAUCCGCCGCGGCCCUCUACAUCUAAAUGUAACUCGAUGUUACUUGUGUUGCACAUAAAUAUAUCUGUGAAACUUGUUCUGUAAAUAUUUUCUUAACCUUUGUGUUAACCAGGAAUGUAUCUGAUUUUCAAUUGAAUCUUCAAAUGACAGCCAUAGUAAGGCUAGGCGGAUCACAGUUCUAAAACAAAUAAAAACGUGCCCAAAUCACCGGAAUAAUGAAAAGGCAAAAAUUUUCACCCAAGACAACCGUUUUCUGCAAGAAAACCACCAACUCAGCGAUUGGCUCAAAAUCGAGGGGGCGGGGCUUAUAAACGUCGGGAAGAGCCUGCUCGCAGACGCUUCCUCCAGAAGAGAAGAAAGAGUGUGAUGGCAGACGCUUUCCCAAGUGGUGAGAAUCUGCUCGAGACUCUUUCGACAAAAAAAGAAAGAGGCUGAAGCAUUUUUUUCAGAAGAUUUUUUUCGCUCUUAUUCCUUCGCUCUUAAAUUUUAGUUGAACCCAUUUUUUUGAAUUGUUUUUUUCCGCCGAGAAAUUUGAUUUUUUUCCUAAAAAAUCGGUUUUGCAACAGUUUCUGCGAUUUUUUUGAACGCAAAAUAUUCAAAUUUCAAUCCAAAAUUUUUUUUACAGGGUGAAUUUUCUCAAUUUUUUGGUUUGAAAAUUCAUAUUUUACAUUAAAAAUAAUCUCAAAAAUAAUUUUUGUUUUCAUUUUUAAAGUUGACCCCUAAAUUCUGCAAAUUUCAGUGCAAGAAUCCCUCUUCUACCAUCGUCGCGGGAAAUCCGGCCCCUCUGGUUCCGUGCGAGGCCAGACAAUCGACCGCGCCCUCUCCACCGAAGCGCAAUUUGUGAUCCUUGACUUGGUCCGCACCUCUUCCAAUGGAUUUAUGAAUGGAAGGGCCGCCCAAUGGCCUGCCUACCCCGAGGCCAAGCGAUUGUUGGUCUCGUUGAGUCGUGCCAGUCGCGCUCAGAUCAUCAUUGGAAGUGUGCGCGACGAGGAUGUCAGAGGUCGUCCAACCAAUCCCAUCGACAAAGUGGCGGCUGCUCAUCUCAACUCCAGAGAUCCCAUGGUUUCUUACACCACAAGCUGCUACACAGGUUCCGCAGAUUUUUAUAAUCAAAUGGUCUGA